AUUUUUCACAGUCGCUAUUAAUUUCCAUUCCUCGCAUUUAUGUGGCCGAAAACAUGGAGCUUAUUAAAUUAUCUUCACUAUUAGUGAUAGCAUUGCUUGCCGACUGUGCUUCGGCUUUGUACUUCCACAUAGCAGAGGGAGAACGAAAAUGUUUUAUAGAAGAAAUACCUGACGAUACCACAGUUAUAGUAAAUUACAAAGUCGAGUUAUACGAUCCGAAAUCUGGCGGAUUCAUGCAAACAACACCGGGCAUAGGCAUGCACGUUGAAGUCCGCGAUCCGAAUGAUAGAAUACUGUUGUCUCGAGUCUAUUCGUUGGAAGGAAUGAUCUCAUUCACAUCCAGCACUCCUGGUGAACAUGUAAUAUGCAUGUACUCUAAUAGCACUUCAUGGUUCAGUGGUUCACAGUUAAGAGUUCAUCUUGACAUUCAAGUUGGUGAGCAUGCUGUAGACUAUGCAAAUGUUGCACAAAAGGAAAAACUGACCGAACUUCAACUCAGGAUUAGACAGUUGCUGGAUCAAGUACACCAGAUCACAAAGGAGCAGGCUUACCAGAGGCAAAGAGAAGAGCGUUUCCGACAAACAUCAGAAAGCACAAACCAGCGGGUGCUCUGGUGGAGUUUGCUACAGACAGGUGUCCUUGUCAUCAUCGGUUACUGGCAGAUGAGACAUCUCAAGAGCUUUUUUGAGGCUAAGAAACUAGUGUAAAUAAAUUAUAAUAUUAAUAAACAAUUUUUUAAUUAAA